CUUCAAGCAAUAAGGGGUAAACAAAGCCGUUUCCGGUUUUGAAAAGUAAACAACCAGCGCACAAUGUUUUAUCACGUGUCACUUGAACAUGACAUAUUACUACAUCCACGUUAUUUUGGACCAAAUCUGUUGACCACUGUCAAACAAAAACUUUUCACAGAAGUAGAGGGGACUUGCACAGGAAAGUAUGGUUUUGUCAUCGCUGUGACAACCAUUGACAACAUUGGAGCUGGUUUGAUUCAGCCUGGCAGAGGUUUUGUUGUUUAUCCUGUGAAAUACAAAGCUAUAGUUUUCAGACCAUUUAAGGGGGAGGUCUUGGAUGCUGUGGUAACACAAGUCAAUAAGGUGGGCUUGUUCACAGAGAUUGGCCCUCUCUCUUGUUUUAUAUCAAGACAUUCUAUACCAGCAGAUAUGGAGUUUGACCCAAGUUCAAAUCCCCCGUGCUACAAAACUAAAGAUGAGGACAUGGUAAUACAAGAGGAAGAUGAAAUCAGGUUAAAAAUUGUGGGCACUAGAGUUGAUGCUAAGGAUAUAUUUGCGAUCGGGACUCUUAUGGAUGAUUAUUUAGGUCUUUGAUGUCACCAGUUUACAGCGUGUGUGUACAUGUGUAUGUAUGAGUGUAUGCAGUAUCUGAAUGUCAAGCACUGACAGGUUCCCACCAUUUGUAUGUUGUCACCUCCACACUUUGUUAUACUUUUAUUUUGUCAAUAAACAAAAUUGUUUUGAUUCAUCUCCGUUCAUGAAAUUGUAUAUAUUUCCUGAUAUGUGUUGUUUUGAUUAAAAUAUUCUAAUUU